AAAAUGAGCGUAUGCAUAAUUCUAUGAAUCAAAUUAUCCCUCUAGCUAAUCAACUAAAUAGUUUAAAUAAUAAGCUUGUCUCCCAAAUUACUUGCGAACAAAAGUCUCAUGCUGAUCUUAAUGCCAAGCAGUUAAAAGAAAUAGAAUCGCUAAAGUCUACAGUUAAAUCACUGAAAAGUAUAAUAUCUUCAAUGCAAAAAGCUUUAUCUUUGAAGGAUUCUGAUAUCAUCUCUCUUAAAACUAAAAUAAAUGAACUGGAGGCUGAGUUGAAACAAGCUAUGCAAAAAGUUUUAUUAAAGGAUUCUGAUACUAUCCAGUUGUGUAGCAAUCCCUCUCUUGAGAUUAAAGCAAAGGAAUUGGAAAAUGAACUGGAGAAAGUUACACAAAAUUCAUUAUUUAAGGAUGGGUUAAUUUUCUGCCUCAGAUUUAGGAUCCCUUUAAAAUCACAUCCGUCAUCUAAUGAUUCAAAAACAGGUGGCGAUAAAGAAGAAGAG